UUCCUCCAGGGAGUAGGUAGAUUUCCCACUUCUGGGAGAGGGCAAGUCGGUUUUCCUGUCGCGAGAGUUAAACUCUAUAGUGGCCUAAAAGAGGAGCUAAGAAAUUGGCUUGUAGUUGCCGGGGAAACGGCAUUCCCGGAUGUCGCCCGGAGUGCCCGGGAGAAGGGGCGGCAAAGAAGAAGGCCACUUCCGCGGAAAAGGCUCGUGACGUAGGUUGUGGAAUAGAGGAGAUUCUGUCUGCCUCUGCCUCGAUUACGUUACGAGUGCAACUGUAGUGGACUGUAAAUUCAGAGUGAGGAGUGGACUUGUUAAAGAUCGGAAUAGAGUAAAGGCAGGAAGAGAAGAACCAAAGAGUGCUCUUUUGAAAUUAUCAACUCUGAGGAAGGCAUGAAUCACUUCUGGUUGGGAUGGAAGAGCUUCUAACUUUCAAUGGAUAUUAUAAGGGGAAAUUUGGACAAAAUUUCACGUCCAGCAUCAAAUUCAAGAAUUCAUCAUGAGAGCAAAACUUCAAGUACUUCUUUGGAAGUCUUGACACCAGAACCGGUGACUCUUAAGGUGGAUACUUCAAUCAACUUGAACAGUUGUAGCCAGCAGAGCAAAAGAGAAAAUUGCAAUUCAAGGGAAAGUAGCAGCAGUAGUAAUGUUGGGAAGAAACUUUCUUCUCAGGACAUAAAAACCUCUCAAGAUUAUUGUAGUGAGGUUGACUGCAGUUUACGUGAAGAGAUCAAGUCUUCUUGCACUAAUUAUUCAGGACAUAAUUCCAGUCUGAAUUCUUCAAAAGAAGAUAAUGAAGUUGAUUAUUUCAGUCUAUAUGAUGUACCUCAGGAGAUGUCAGGCCAGGUGAAAGAAGAGAUUUCCAGAAUAAAAGAAUCAGAUGUUCAACUUCAGGAAGCUGUUGAAAAGAUGAAGAGACUUGACAAAGUAUUGGUGGAAAAACAAUUUAAAGAAAGAGAAAUUAAAAAACAAGGCCAAGAAAUGAGAAUAAAGAUGUGGGAAGAACUUCAGACAAUUCCUAAUUUUGAUGCUAUACAGAAUAAUGAGGAGAUAGAAAAUACCAAAAAAUUUUUGUCUUUGGCGUCUUCUUCAGAAGGGACAACUGAUUUUCAUCACCUGGAACAAGAGGAACCCUGUGUUUCUGUGUUUCACACGCAAAUUCCUCCUGAAGAUUAUGAAAACUGUGUUGAGCAAGCCAGGAGAGAGUCUGUGUAUCACAGUGAAAGUAAUAAGUCAUUGAUCAAAGCAGAAAAGAAGCUACAAAGAGAAAACAGUGGUGAAUUCAAGAGUAAAAAAAACCAGGAUUUCAUUAAGAGAAAUAUAGAGCUGGCCAAGGACUCAAAAAAUAUGGUCAUUAUGAUGGAUAAAGAAAAACAAAGACUGACUGAAUUAUUAAGUGAUAUAGACAAAGGAAAAGAUCUAUCUCCAAGAACUCAGAGUUAUGAGUCAGCCUGGCCCAUGUUAGAAAAAAGUUAUCUGUCUACAGCGCAUAUGGAGCGCAAGCAGCUAGCUCAAAUAGAUUCCAAAUUGCAAGACCGAUUCUCUUUCUCUUCCUCAUGGAUAUCCAGUGGUUAUUUAGGAAUGGACAAUCAUAUUGGUCAGAUGAAGAAGCUGAGACCAGAGAGAUUAGAUGACUUGCCCAAGGUCUGGAACAAAGAAACUGAUCCUAAUGAUAAGAAACGUGCGAAAAUGUAUCCGGGGGAUAAGACACUUAGAAACAACAGAGAUUAUCGGUAUGAAAAAAAUAGGCUAAAAGAGAUAGAUCAACAACUGAAGGAUCUGGAGAAAGACAUUAUGAAAACAAGAGUUCUUUCCGAAGAACAUCUGAAGACUCUUCUAGAGAAAUGCAUUUUGGAACAAAGUUCAGACAAAGAUAGCAGAGUUGGUAAUGCAACACAACCUGAAUCCAUCCAGCCUUCAAGUUCCUUUUUCCUUCGGUUGCGAAGUGAGUCACCAACUGCCAGCAGAACUGAGGGUGAGAAUGAAGAUGUCCUUGAAAUCAGAGAAUAUGAAACCCCUGGCUAUUAUCUUACCAAAGCAUUGGAUGGCCGAGAGCACAUACCAGAAUUUUGGGUCAUUGAGACAGAGGAAGAUGAGAGCCCUAGACCUUCAGGGGAUGUAGUCACUAGUGAUGGAGAAGGUUACUUUAUGUCAAAAGCCCUCGGUGUCAGCAGGCUGAAGAGGCCUUCUUUCCUGGAUGAUCCUUUAUACUGUAUCAGUGUGGACAGUGGCCCAUCAUGCGAAGAUGAAUGUCUGAAGUUGAUUGAUUGUUCCACUGAAAGUCUGCCUGGGACUGAUGAAUUAAUGGCAGAAGUCAAGAUACAAGAGGAAGACAGAGACUCCUAAGGAAAACAAGCUGCUAGGAUGUAUUCUAAAGUAUUAGUAAAUUUGGUUAAAAGA